AUGUGUGAACGAUCACCAUUAUUUCUUGUUGAAGCCAAAUUGAUUACAUUAGAUCUUUUAAAACGUUCUUUAGAAUUAUUCGAUAUAUGUUUUCAUUUAGUUUUACAUUAUCGUCUUGAUGAAUUUUUUCUAGAACGUGAACAAAAACGUGAUUAUGAUUAUUUUUCUUUGUAUAAACCAUGUAAAUUAAAUUAUAAUAUUAUUUCUGAUAUUGAUACGUAUCUUCAUCGUUUAUCUACAUCGUGUCGUUUAACCAAAAGUAAUUUACGUUCAUUACAUGCUUCACGAAUGAUAUCAUCCAAUGAUUAUAUAGUUAUUGAUGAUGAAAUCUAUGAAUUAGUUAAUAUUUUUCAAGUAAAAAUAAAUCAACAAUUUCAAUCAAAACAAAAGGACGAAAAUUAUGAUUCUAAACAUAAUGAAGAAUAUCAUCAUGCGUUAACAUUAUUUCGAAAGAUUUCGCAAUUCUAUCAAUUAAUUAUUAAGGAAUUGUACGGUGUUCAUACGGUACGAAAUUCUCACAUUCUUCAGCCAAUUGCGAUCAAUAUUAUUCGAUUACUUUUGUCUAUUGCAAAUAAAUUAAAACGAUUUAUCAAAACUAAUUCACCGAAUCUAAUUAAUUUCAAUCAUUUUCGUAUACAACCACAUGAUGAAGUUUGUAGUGUCGACCAGUCGAAAAAUUUUGGAAAAACAAAAUCAAAAUUCAGAUUAAUUGAAAUUCAUCCGAAUAAUUCUGAAACUUCAGCAAAAUAA